CGACAGAAACUUUCUCGUUCGGCGUCUAAGUUCAGCCAACAAGAUCUUGAUGCACUGCAAGUGAGAUAUGAACCUGUCGAAGAGUUCGAAGUUAUACCUAAUGUCAAAGUCUUUGCAAGUAUAUGGGAGACAGUCAGUAGAAAAAUUUAUAUUAUUGGACCACUUUCAAAAGGUAUCCGUUACUUUUGUUCACCAGAGGAGAGCGGACUUUCGUUCUUAGAUGAAAGACAUGAAGAUCCGCUGGGUACAUUUUUAGAUAACCUAUCACCUUGA